GUCAGUCAAUACUCAAUACAUACAUAUGUGACGUUUAGGUACUUGACGAUGUCACUGUAAAAGUCUAUCUUUUCUGAAGUAACAAAGAGUAUACAAUUUAAGCGAAUUGUCGACGAACUCUAUAUAAUCCUUUGUUUUAUAUAGAUGUUGGAUACAUAUUGAAUUUUAAAAGAUAGCGAGACAAUAUCUUCAGUGUACAAUGGGUGCUUUAGCCAGUAGACAACAUGCUGGCGUUGAAGAAGCAGAUGUGGUUUCUAAUCUUGCCUAUAAAUAUCCACCCAGAUCUGGUAACUAUUUUGGGAGUCAUUUUAUAAUGGGUGGAGAGAGGUUCGACACACCACAACCAGAAGCUUAUCUGUUUGGUGAAAAUGCUGAUCUUAACUUUCUUGGCAGUAGACCCACACCAUUUCCAUAUCCACCACCACAAUCUAAUGAACCAACUAAAACUCUUAAAAGUCUCAUUAAUAUUAGAAAGGAAUCCUUGAGAUUUGUUCGCUGUCCAGAACCGAUUGGUAAAAUAAGUGAUACAAAUAAGAUUGGAGAUGGAGUCACAAAGACUAUUGAGUGCAACGGCAAGGGGACCUACUAUAAUAUUGAGUUUACGUUCGAUUGUGAUGUUCGAUGUGCUAUCACAGUCUUUUAUUUCUGUACUGAGGAAGUUACCCCAACUGGAGUUGUUUAUUAUCCCCGAGACCCAUCAAUGACAUCUCAGACAUAUCACUAUAAGAAAGGUGCCAAUCAGCAGUUUUGCCAGAUAUCACACGUUUUUGACCCGUCAAAACAGCCCGAAGAAGAUUUGUCAUACAAUGCUGAUAGAGAAAUAAUUCCGAUUGCAAUAUAUUGUGUAGUUGAUGAAGGUCAAGAUGAAAUACGACAAUCGCAUACAACUAUAGCAGUAGUGGAAAAACAUUCGGACGGCACCUAUGUCUUGAAAGCUCUCAAACAGAAGCUUUUUGUGGAUGGCCUCUGCUACUUGCUGCAAGAAAUCUAUGGCAUAGAAAACAAGAAUCUUGAUUCAAAGAUAACCGCGGAGGAGGAGACGGAGGACGGAGGGUCGGAGUGCGUGAUCUGCAUGUGCGACGUGCGCGACACGCUGAUCCUGCCGUGCCGUCACCUGUGCCUGUGCAACUCGUGCGCAGACUCGCUGCGCUACCAGGCCAACAACUGCCCCAUCUGUCGCGCGCCGUUCCGGGCGCUGCUGCAGAUCCGCGCGCUGCAGCGCCUCGCCAACCCCGCCGCGCCCGCCCCGCACCCGCACACCCCGCCCGAUGGCAGCAUGGAGAACAUCCCGGCGGGCUACGAGCCGGUGUCGCUGCUGGAGGCGCUGAACGGCCCCCCGCCCGCGCGCACCCGCGUCGCGCCCCCCGCGCCCGCCAUCGCGAGCCCCGACACCGACACCGCCUCGCAGGCGGCGGAGGCGCUCAAUCGCUGCAACUUGGAGCGCAGCUCGUCCACCAGUCUCGGUAGCGGCGGCAGUAGGAAGCCUCACCACCCUCUGACGCCCGAGUUCCGCAUGUCGGUGCUGCUGGCGCGCGAGGACGGCGCCCGCGAGCCGCGCGCCGCCACGCCGCUGCUGCACCGCCUGUCCAAGAGUUCCCUGAACUCCACGGGGCGCUCGGAGGAGGAGGCUGCGGGGGCGGUGGAGACGGAGCCCGACAGCGACGCGGAGAGACGCUCGCCGCUGCUCACGCAGCUCGCCAAUGGGACGGUGCGGACGGGCAGCAGCUGCGGCUCGGAGACGCUCCGAGGGUCUCCGCUGGCGCACAUCGACGACACUGACACCGACGAGCCCGACCAGCUAGAUCAGACCGAUCUACCGGAUCAAUCCGAACAACUCGACCAGCUCGACCAACCGCUCUCGGACGGCGCGGGCGCGGCCGCGGCCGACGACUCCGACUACUUCACGCCGGAGGAGCCCAGCCUCGCGCCAACCGAGAUAAUCACGACCGUGCCAGGGGAGUGCACCCCACAACGAUGGGCGCUUCCGCAUCGAGUCACUUCUUUGCCAGGCACGCCGCUGUCGCAGGCCAGCGUGCGCUCGUCGGGCGACUCGUACAGCUCGAGCUCCAGCACGCGCGGGCUGCUGGCGCCGGGCGCCGCGCUGUCGGCCGAGCCGGCGUGCUAGCGCCCGCUGUCCGUGCUCACGCACUCCGAAACGCACUUCUAGGUGUUACUUCAUAUUCGUGAAAGACUUUUUAGGGAAUUAUUCCGUCAGUAGACGAGUCUCGACGUUUAGAGUAUGUAUUAACUGAUUUACGACUAAUUACUAACGAUUUUAUUACCAUCUAGGACCUCUUCGAAACCAUUAGUAUCCGUAUAGUCUUUCCGUGAUACUAAUAAAAUUAGGAUUAAUAGAGAACCUGAAAUAUUAUUGGUAGCUAAAGAAGUUCGUUACAUAAAUAUAAGUACUAUUUAAACUUCGAAUGCGAUUGCAUUAAAAAUAUCGUAUAAUCAAUUAACAUAUAUAUUAUACUAUAAUAUUUAAAUAUAUUGAAUUGUAUUUAAUAUAUGUGUCGCUUUCGCAUCGUAAUCGAAGCAUCACAAAUUGUUAAUUAAAUUAUUAUUGUGAUAUAUUUAAUAUAAAAAUGAGAUAAUAAAGGAAUAAUUAUAAUAGUUUUCGAAUAGAUUAAUAUAACAUUAUUUUUACUUAUUCUUCGCAAUGGAAUCUUUUAGUAUAAAGGUGUAGGCGUUGAAUUUACUUCUUAUAAGGUUACGUCUGUGGUAACUGUAAGUUUAACACACUAUUUUAUGUAAUGUCACAUAUGUUUCGAGCUAUAUACUCGCUCGUUAUAUUUAUGUUGCCUAAAUCUCUGGGUGUUUCAGACCGUAUUUUAAGAGCACCUCAAAUCCAACAAUACUGUUUUGAAAUAAACCUAUUCAAAUUCUGUUUUGUCUCGCAACUCAUUAGAUUUAUUCAUUGAUGCUAUUUAAAGAUAUUACUAAGAUCGGCUUCUAAAUGUAAUUUAUUAGUUAUUAAUCUUGCAAGUACCUUUCAAUCUCGAAAAUUUCGAUUAAUUUGUGUAAUUUUGAUGAAAUAAGGUCACGCUUUCUUUCGCAGUGCGGCCUUACCAAAACGAAGACUUAAUAACUUAAAUACGAUGAGUUCUUAUUACGUUAAAUAUCAUUAUUACUUUAUAAUAAGUAAACAUCGUUUUCGUAGCUAGUAAGUUCUAAAGAAAAUAAAUAAAACAAAAAUACUUUAAAGAUUAUUAUAUACCUAGAGCUAAAAAUGAUUAUAGCAUUUUAAUGAAUGAAGGCAAAGGUAUUAUGAGUUAUUUGUGUUUAAUAAAUACAAUGUGGAUGAACAAGAGAACUGAUACAAACAUUCCUGGGCUGAUUGAAUCUCAAAUGUUUACUUUGAAUUAAAUCUAAUUUAGUUUAUUUGUUGAAAUAAAAUGUAUUAUUAAAAAUG